AUGACGCUCCUCCAGCGGAGCCGCGUGCCGCAGCCGAUGUCCCUGCUCGAGGAGGAGGAGGCCGGCGGGAGUCCGCGGAACUCCACGCCGGGAGGAGAGGCGGGCGGCCGGGCUCAGCAGCCCUUCCCCUGGACGGGGACUCUGCUGGCCGGCGUGCUCAUCGCCACCAUCGUGGUCGACGUCAUCGGCAACCUGCUGGUCAUCGUGUCCGUGUUCCGGAACAGGAAGCUCAGGAAAGCAGGAAAUGCCUUCGUAGUGAGCCUGGCCUUCGCUGACCUGGUGGUGGCGCUCUACCCAUAUCCUCUGGUGCUGACAGCCAUCUUCAAUGAUGGCUGGAUUGCUGGCUACAUCCACUGCCAGAUCAGCGGCUUCCUCAUGGGCUUGAGUGUCAUAGGCUCCAUCUUCAACAUAACGGGCAUCGCCGUCAAUCGGUACUGCUACAUCUGCCACAGUCUCAACUACGACCGGCUGUUCUCCAGCAGCAACACCAUGUGCUACGUCGUGCUGGUGUGGGUGCUCACCAUCCUCGCCAUUGUGCCCAACUGGUUCGUGGAGUCACUGCAGUAUGACCCGCGGGUCUAUUCCUGCACCUUCGCCCAGUCCGUCAGCUCGCUGUACACCAUCACGGUGGUGGUGGUCCACUUCAUCCUGCCCAUCGCCAUCGUCACCUACUGCUACCUGCGCAUCUGGAUCCUGGUCAUCCGGGUGAGACGCCGCGUGAAGCCUGACUCGCGGCCCAAGAUCAAGCCCCACGACCUCCGCAACUUCCUCACCAUGUUCGUGGUGUUCGUGCUGUUUGCCGUGUGCUGGGCGCCGCUGAACCUGAUUGGGCUGGCGGUGGCCCUGGACUCCAGGCUGGGCCAGGCCAUCCCCGAGUGGCUCUUCACGGCCAGUUACUUCAUGGCGUAUUUCAACAGCUGUCUGAACGCCGUGGUGUACGGCGCCCUGAACCACAACUUCAGGAAAGAGUACAAACGCAUCGUACUCAUCAUCUUCAAGUUCCGCUGCUGA